AUGGCCAUGAUUGGUAUGAAUAGCUUUGAUAUAGAACAAACUGGACGCGUUGUUCAAGUUCCCAACAAUGACAUCGCAAGGUGCAUGUAUUAUCUAUCGUGCGUCUGUAACACAGUUGAAUGCAACGAAGGUCAAAUAGAGCGAUAUACUGAUUAUGAAAACUAUUGGAAACUAUCGCCUGCUGAACAUCAAAUCGUCUUUCGACUAUGUAUAACACUCAGUCCGGAUGAGUUCGAAGAUAAAAUAUUUUUUCAAAAUGACGCCAUGUGUGGAAAUUCAGGCAAUGAAUUUUACAAAAUCGGACAAGUACAAAAUCGUCUCUUUGUCGUUCGAUCGCUGAUGGUCGCUGGACGAACACGAAGAGUAACCAAUAUCAUGACAUACAAACAACACUGGAUGAUGAACAAUUAUUACGGUCCGAUGAGUCGAUUAGCUGAUCGAUUCAAUCCGCAGCGACAACUCAUGCGAGCAAUUGAAGCAGCGGAUUGCACCAUUUCAUAA